ACUCAUGCACAGAAUCAUCAGGGAACCAGAGGCUCCUAUAAUCUGCUUCUGAGGCCUCAUCAGAGCUCCAGAGACCAGACCAGUGGGAUUUUGAUUUAACAGGUGCAACUGGAAUACAGCAACAAUGCCUUCCUCAUCCAAGACCCUAUUUUUCAUUCUCAGUGCGAACAUGACUGCCCUAGCUGUCGGGUUAAUGGGGUGGGGCAUGUCGACAGGGUGGGCUCGGACGACCAUGGAGUGUACAACUGCUGGAACAAGCUUCUUCAAUGGAACCGCUAUGAUCACUUUGCAGCUUUUUGAAGGGGUGUUGAGCAGAUCCUUCUGCCCUUCGUUUGGGGCGAAGGAUGUCAAUUUUCAAGUGGUUCCUGGGCUGAUAGAAAUAGAUGGCGCUGUCCCAGUGGCGCUGCACACUCUGGUCUUGUGCCUGUUGGCCCUGUGUCUGCUGUUUUCCGCCGGCAGCAUCCUCAUCGGCAUCUACAACUCUGUCAGCAACCCUUACGAGACCUACAUGGGGCCCAUGGGAAUUUAUGUCUGCAGCUCGCUCAGCACAAUCCAGUCGGCUGUCGUCCUCAUCGUAUUUGCGGUGAACGUCAACGUGACCAACAUGGCAGAGGGUCUGGUGGAAAACUACGCCGAUGGCGUUGCCUUCGAAACGAGGAACAAGUCGUCAGAGCUGCUGCUGGGAUACUUCCUGAUCAUCCCAUACAUGAUACUGUCUCUCUGCGCCAUCCUCGUGAUAUACUUCUAUGAGCACGCGGCCUAUAAACAAAGGCGAGAACAGCAGAGGCCCACUGAGGACGCGCCCAAGGAGAUAAUGAUGUACUAACGCCAAUGGAAUCAGCGGCGUCGACAGGUUGCUCAUCAGGACUUUCUGGAGUAACUUUACUGUCAUGGGAAAUUACAGAGAUGCAAACGUUAAAUGUUGUCAGGUUAGAGCAGUUGUUUCAUUUAAUAGUCUAAUUCUAUAUUAAAUGAUUUAUGUUUACAUAUUUUUGGCUUUGAAAUAAUAUUCAUUCAAAAUAUAUAUUUAUUCUGCCUUACUGUAAUAAAAAAACUUUAUUUUUUAUAGUCAAUUGACAAAUUUAAAUCAAUACAACAAAGUGUCCUAUAAAUCAAUGGCUAUACAUGAAUACAACGGCUCCCAUAGUCGUCCGUUAUAUGUUUGAAUGAAUCAGUGAAUGUAAAUAAACCAUGUUUUAAUUUUCAAA